AACGAAGAAUAUAUAAAUCUGUUAAAUAAAAUUGUACUUUACCAAUGAAAAAUUACGUUGAUAAAAUCCUAGUAGCACAGAUCGUUAUGACCCGCCAAGAGCAGUUAUUGGGGAUAUGAAAAAGUUUACGGUCACGUGGUAUAACGAACCACGUGCAAGGAUUGACGAACGUCACCAUCUGUCGGAAAACGUCAGAAUUUCAAUAGUACAUUGCAUACACCUAGAAAGCGCGUAAUGUUUUACAGAAGAUUUCCAUCUUAGCCAUCUCGAAGAUAUUUUAUGAAUCAUUAUAUUGGAAAUUGUGCAUGUACAUUUAGUAUAGAAAUAAGUAUAAAGGAAUUAUUAAUAAGAUUUAUUUAAUUAAUUUUACAUAUCGUUUAUUCAUUGUCUUAAUCAUCAUUUAAGUUGAAAAUUUUGUUUGCAACACAUCCGAGACGUAUUUUCUGAUAAGGUAUAAAAAUCUUAAAGAGCUCUCACAUUAAUUUCUUUGUUAAUAUUUCAAUAAAUUCGCAUGUUAGUCCUUGUCACAUUUUUUGAUGGGAAUACAAUGUCCUGGGAAGUACCAUGACCAAUGUUUUCUUUCUACUAAAAGUUUUGCUAAUGCAUUUCACAAGUUAACUUGUUACAAGUUAAUACUUGUUACAUUGUAAGAAUGGAUAGCCUUUUUACGCAAAAUAUAUGCGAUGAUUUAGAAGAUAUACCCCAAAUAGAUCAACCUGUUUGGAUUCUUGGAAAGAAAUAUCAUGCUUUAACAGAAUUAGAAGCAAUACGUAAAGAUAUCUUAUCCAAGUUAUGGUUUAGUUACCGUAGAGGUUUCAUUCCCAUCGGUGGUUAUAAUUCUACAUUUACAACUGACAAAGGAUGGGGCUGUAUGUUAAGAUGCGGACAAAUGGUUCUUGGUCAAGCUUUAGUCUUUUUACAUUUAGGCAGAGAUUGGCGUUGGACACCAGAAACAAAAAAUAUGACGUACCUGGAAAUAUUGAAACGCUUUGAAGAUAAGAGAGCUGCUCCUUUCUCCAUUCAUCAAAUAGCGUUAAUGGGAGCGUCAGAAGGAAAAGAAGUCGGACAAUGGUUUGGUCCAAAUACCAUUGCACAAGUAUUAAAAAAAUUGGUUGUGUACGAUGAAUGGAGCUCUAUUACAAUACAUGUAGCUUUGGAUAAUGCUUUAAUAGUUAAUGAUAUCUUAAGACAAUGUAAAGUGGAAGGUGGUACAACAGUUGAAGUAGAUGGUAAAGAACCAUUGAAAGCACCGAGCCAAUGGAAGCCUUUAUUAUUAUUAAUACCACUUCGUCUUGGUUUGAAUGAAAUUAAUCCUGUUUACCUCAAUGGACUUAAAACUUCAUUCAAGAUACCACAAUCUCUAGGAGUAAUCGGUGGAAAACCAAAUCUUGCUUUGUAUUUUAUUGGCUGUGUUGGAGAUGAAGUGAUUUAUUUGGAUCCACAUACGACACAGCGUUCAGCUAAUAUUGACAAUGAGAGAGAAAUAGAUCUCACAUAUCACUGCAAGUCUGCUAGUCGUAUUUCUAUUACAGAAAUUGAUCCCUCCGUAGCACUUUGCUUUUUCUGUGCUACAGAAAAGGAUUUUAAAUCUAUGUGUAAAACUAUGCAAGAUGAAUUAUUAGAGCCUGAGAAACAACCAUUAUUUGAAUUAUCUUCAGAGAGAUUAGUUAAUUGGUCACCGGCUGAAGAUGUAGUAUCUGAGGCAAUAGGAGCUACUAAUUUUUUAGAUUUUGAACAUAUAGAACGUCAAUAUGAUACAUCUGAUGAAGACUUUGAGUUACUUGGUUGACACUUAAUAUACGAAACAACAAGUAAUCGACUUAAAAGAUUUAAUUUUAUUUCUUAUAAAAAAAUUCUUAUAUUGUUUUUCGUGUGGAUUUCAACGUAACAAUUUACUAUUAUUUUACUACUAUAAUCUGAUUUAAAUGAUUUGAAACUAAAUAUGUCUUUCUAUUAUAUGUGAAGAUAUUUAUAAAAAAAUUUAAUCUUUACAAAUUUAAUAAUAUUUCACAUAUAUAAAUAUGUCAUAUACACAUAAAAGAUUUAGAAGAGCAAGUUACACACAGAAUGGAAAUUGAGAUACUAUAACUAUUCAAUCAUUAUAUUUACAUAAAUCUCUUUAUAGUGCAAAGUUAAAAUGUUGAAUUAUAAUAUCUCUUACAAGAAAAUAAUAUAAAAUACAGAUUCUUCAGGAACAUUAGUAGAACAUUUCUUAUCAGUUUUAUAUUUGAAUAA